GGGCAGAGGGGUCUCUAGGGCAGAGGGAUCUGUAGGGCAGUGAAUCUCCAGGGCAGAGAGAUCUGUAGGGCAGUGGAUCUGUAGGGCAGUGGAUCUCUGGGGCAGAGGGGUCUCCAGGGCAGAGGGGUCUCUGGGGCCGCUGCUCCUGCCGCAGCAGCCGGAGCUGUGGCCGUCUCUCCCCGCCAGGUCCCCUCGUGCUCCCCGUGGGGGUCGAGGCGGCUCUCGGGGCCCGGCCAAGGCCGGCGGGCGGCGGGGCUGGCGUGUGGCCUCCGCCACCCGUCCGUCCGUCCGUCCGUCCGUCCGUCCGUCCGUCCGUCCGUCCGUCCGUCCGUCCGUCCGUCCGUCCGUCCGCCCGCCGCCGGCCGGUCCGUACGUGCGGGCGGCGCCGGCGCUAAUGGCUCCUGCCGCUGGUUUGGCAGGGGGCGGGGAGGGCCGGGGCUCCCGGGCCCCGCUCGGGCUCUGCUCCCCGGACGGUGCCGCCGUCGCCUGCGGCUUCGCCUCCCGCCCCUCCACACACAGGUUCAGCGGGAGACACAGUUGAUGGACCCAGCAGAAGCCAAAUGGAAGAAGGGCCAAUUAAUUAUGUGGAAGAAAGGCGGCUGAACGAGGGCAGCGGGCUCAGCCUGGUGAAUGGGGGCCGGCCGGAGGCGGGGGGGACCGUGCUGAUGGAGCCCAGCGGGUGGUCACCGGGCCAGCCGCCCGCCACUGGCAAAGCCCACUUGGAAGACGUCCGGAACCUGGUGGCCUUUUCAGCGGUGGCCGAAGCUGUUUCCUCCUACCGGCUUCCACCGCCGGGGUCGCCGUCUCUGCUGUACGAGAAGUUUGACUCGGAGAUGAGCCGGGGCAGGCUGGGCACGGCAGACGGGAUCCCACGGGGAGAGGACCUGCACGCCCUCAAGGCUGCCCUGGCUUUGGCCAAGCACGGUGUGAAGCCCCCCAACUGCAACUGCGACGGCCCCGAGUGCCCCGACUACCUGGAAUGGCUGGAGCAGAAGAUCAAGACGGCUCUCGGGGAAGAGCUGGCGUCACCGCGGCCGCGCCCCGCUGCCAUCCCCCCGCCUCCUCCCCCAGAAGGUGCUAUUGACCCCCAGCCGGUGCCUGAGGCUGCCGAGCCAUGCCCGCCCGAUGGCCUCCCCUUUUCCCAGAGCGCGUUGACCAUCGCCAAGGAGAAGAACAUCAGCCUGCAGACCGCCAUAGCCAUCGAAGCCCUCACGCAGCUCUCGGCCGCCCUGCCCCAGCCCGCCGGCGAUGGGCAGCCCCCGCCACUGCCGCCGCCGCCACCUCCCGCUGUCCCCUUCGGCCACGUCCCCCUCUGCCCGCCGGGGGCCGCGUGGCAGCGAGGGGAUGAGCCCCGAUACCCGCCGGAGCCGGGAGCAGCACCUGAGCCAUUUUUCGGCGCGGCACCUCCGCGGGGGAACUUCACGGCCUCUUGGGGGCUGGAGGCCGAGGGGGCAGCGGGGGCUGGAGACCCCAUGGCAGAGCUGGAGCAGCUGCUGGGUAAUGCUGACGACUACAUCAAGGCAGCUUUCAAGAGACCCGAAGCGACGGCCAGCAAAGUGACAACCCCCAAAACGGAACCCCCGGAGCGAGCACCCAGCAAAGAAGCACCGGGUGGGCCCUGCUUGCCACCGACACCGCCGGAGCCUGACCUGCACAAGAAGACGCAGCUGGUCCUGCAGCAGCAUCUCCACCACAAGCGCAGCCUCUUCCUCGAGCAAAACCUGGCGGCGACGGCGGCGCCCCCAGACCGGCCGAGCGGCUGGUGGGCUCCCAGCGCCCCGGCCACGCCCCCCAAGCCCUUCGAAAAGCAGCCCAAAGAGAAGAAGAAGAAAACGCCGCCCGAAAAGCCCCCGCCGGCCAAACCUCUCCGCAAACAAGUGCAGAUCAAGAAGGCGAAGCAGAAGGACUCGCAGCCGCUCUUCCCGCCCCUCUGGCAGAUCAGCCUGGAGGGGUUUCGGGCGCCCGCUGAACCCCUCGCCGAACCCCCCGCUGAAGAGAUGCAAACGGAGCCGCCGCCGGCCUUCCCGCACCAGCCUCUUGCACUACCCCUGCCCUCCGCAUGCCCCCCGCCACCAAACCCCCUGGACGGCGUCCCCCCGGCUUCCGACUCUCAGGAAAGGGGUGCCCCCGGGGAGGGCCCCCAAAUUCACUCGGCACCGGCGGGAUUGGCUGGCUCAGAGGAGGCACCGGCUGCUCCUCCGCCGGCCACCUCAGCUCCCAUCAUGGUGGAUGACAAGUUGGAAGAGCUCAUCCGACAAUUUGAAGCUGAAUUUGGGGAGAAUUUCAACCUGCCGCCCCCCGAGACGCCUGCCCCUCUUGCCCCUGGGGCUGCCGAGCUGCCAGGGGGGCCAGCACCAGCCCCACAAGGGUCCCCCACGGCUGCCACCGCUGCCCCGGCUCAGAGCAGCACUCCCCAAGCCAGACCCAAAAGCGUCUCUCCAGGGAAGGGGCCGCUGUCAGAGCCACCCUUCACUGCCCGCUCCCCCAAACAGAUCAAAAUCGAGUCUUCUGGUGCUAUCACCGUGGUCUCUACCACGUGUUUUUACUCGGAGGAAAGCCAAAACCCAGACGUGGACGACGUCAACAGAACACCCACCAAGGACGAGGUGCCGCUGACACCGACCCUGAGCGGCUUUUUGGAGUCUCCACUGAAAUACCUGGACACGCCGACAAAAAGCCUCCUGGACACCCCAGCCAAGAGGGCACAGGCGGAAUUCCCCACCUGUGACUGUGUUGAGCAAAUCGUGGAGAAGGAUGAGGGGCCGUAUUACACCCACCUGGGCUCGGGGCCCACCGUGGCCUCCAUCCGGGAGCUCAUGGAGGAGCGGUAUGGUGAGAAGGGCAAGGCCAUCCGCAUCGAGAAGGUCAUCUACACGGGCAAGGAAGGCAAGAGCUCCCGUGGCUGCCCCAUCGCCAAGUGGGUGAUCCGCAGACACAACCAAGAGGAGAAACUGCUGUGCCUAGUGCGACACCGGGCUGGCCACCACUGCCAAAACGCCGUCAUCAUCAUCCUCAUCCUGGCCUGGGAGGGCAUCCCCCGCACCCUGGGGGACACGCUGUACCAGGAGCUCACUGACACCCUCACCAAGUACGGCAACCCCACCAGCCGCCGCUGCGGCCUCAACGAUGACCGGACCUGUGCGUGCCAAGGCAAGGACCCCAACACCUGCGGCGCUUCCUUCUCCUUCGGCUGCUCCUGGAGCAUGUACUUCAACGGCUGCAAAUACGCCCGCAGCAAAACUCCCCGCAAGUUCAGGCUGGUGGGAGACAAUCCCAAAGAGGAAGAGCUGCUCCGGAGAAGCUUUCAAGACUUGGCCACCGAGGUUGCUCCACUUUACAAGAGGCUGGCGCCACAAGCCUACCAAAACCAGGUCACCAACGAGGAUGUAGCGAUCGACUGCCGGCUGGGCUUGAAGGAGGGGAGGCCGUUCUCGGGGGUGACAGCGUGCAUGGACUUCUGUGCUCAUGCCCACAAGGACCAGCAUAACCUCUACAACGGCUGCACUGUGGUCUGCACGCUGACGAAGGAAGACAAUCGUGUGGUGGGGAAAAUUCCCGAAGAUGAGCAGCUGCACGUCCUCCCCCUCUACAAGAUGUCCAGCACAGAUGAGUUUGGCAGCGAGGAGAACCAAAACGCCAAGGUGGGCAGCGGGGCCAUCCAGGUGCUCACGUCCUUCCCCCGCGAGGUCCGCAAGCUGCCCGAGCCUGCCAAGUCCUGCCGGCAGCGGCAGCUGGAAGCCAGGAGAGCUGCUGCCGAGAGGAAGAAGCUGCAGAAGGAGAAGCUGAUGACACCAGAGAAGAUCAAGGAGGAAGCGCUCGAGCUCCCCACGCUCCAGCCAAAUGCAGGUAUGGCGUUGAAAGGCGGGAUACCCCCGCAGCCGCUGAAACCUUCCAUCAAGGUGGAACCCCAGAGCCAUUACAACGCCUUCAAGUACAAUGGCAAUGCAGUGGUGGAGAGCUACUCGGUGCUGGGCAGCUGCCGGCCCUCCGACCCGUACAGCAUGAACAGUGUUUACUCUUACCAUUCCUACUAUGCACAGCCCAAUCUGCCUUCCGUGAACGGGUUUCACUCCAAGUUCGCACUUCCCUCCUUCGGGUAUUACGGCUUUUCCAGCAACCACGUGUUCCCCUCGCAGUUUCUCAAUUACGGGGCGCCCGAGAGGAGCGGGAGCAGCUGGGUGAGCAACGGCUAUGAGAAGAAACCCGACAUCUCAGCGCUGCAGGAGAACCUCAAUCACGCCUACGGGAACACCAAUUUCCCUGAGCCCACCCCGCACACCGUGCGGAGCAAAAACCAUCACCAGCGCACCUAUGAGCGAGCCAACCGCUACGCCAGCCAGCAGAAAGCAGCGGCGGCCACGGCCGGGGUGCACAGGGCUAGCUCGGGUUCGGAGGAGGCACCGUCAUUUGCACAGAACUGUUUCGACAGCCGGCCCAUCAAGCAGGAGCCUCCAGACCCCCCGCCUGCCAUCGAGCCCCUCCCCAGCGCUGCAGCCAUGCCUGGCACUGGGUUAACGCUGCCGGCCGCCCCUGCGCACGGCACGGCACCGGAGCAGCGGUGGAGCCCCUUCAAGGCACCCCAGGGCACGGCUUCCCCUGAGAGGACUAACACGGCCGAAGGCUCGUGGAGCGCGCUGGCGCCGGGCUCGGGCGGGCGGGAGAAGCUGAGCGCCUUCGAUGCCGCCGUGCGCUUGCCGCCGCCGGAGAAGCAGUGGUCCAACGUCCUGGCGGGAGAGCCGACGGCAGCGGCGGCACACGGCUCGGGCCUGCUGUCGAAACCGUGGAGCCCCUGCAAACUGGGGGAGACGGCGCUGGCCAGCACGGGCACCCCGAGCCUGCUGGGGUCACUGGGGUUCAGCUCGGCUCUGCCAGGGCUCCCCAGCUUCCCUGAGGAGCCGUGGGGCUCCGUGAAGGUGGAGGAGCAGAGGACACCAGCACCCAGCCCAGGGCUGCCGGAGAAGCCGUGGGAGGCAGCGGUGGGUGAGAAGGGGGUGGCAGGGCCCUGCCGGGAGAAGCCGUGGGACCCCUUUGGCCUGGAGGAGGAUCUGCCGGAGAAGACGGUGAAGGAGGAAGAGGAAGAGGAGGAGGAGGAGGAGGAAGAGGAAGAGGAGUGGUCAGACAGUGAGCACAACUUCCUGGAUGAGAACAUUGGCGGCGUGGCUGUGGCGCCUGCCCACGGCUCCAUCCUCAUCGAGUGCGCCCGCCGCGAGCUCCACGCCACCACCCCGCUGAAGAAACCCAACCGCUGCCACCCCACCCGCAUCUCCCUCGUCUUCUACCAACACAAGAACUUGAACCAGCCCAACCACGGCCUGGCGCUGUGGGAAGCCAAGGUGAAGCAGCUGGCGGAGCGGGCUCGGGCCCGGCAGGAGGAGGCGGCGCGUCUGGGGCUGCCGCCGGACGCCAAAGCCUUUGCCAAGAAGCGCAAGUGGGGCGGCGCGUUGGCGACCGAGACGCCCAGCAAGGAGCGGAGGGACUCGGUCCCCACGCGGCAGGCGGUGGCCAUCCCCACCAACUCUGCCAUCACUGUGUCCUCCUACGCUUACACCAAGGUGACAGGCCCCUACAGUCGCUGGAUCUGAGACGGAGGCAACCGCCAUGGCCCCAUCUUACCUCAACCCUCAGCAGCGCCGGAGCCCAGCGUUGCUUCGUGGUGCUUUCUCCUCGGGUGUGGGGGGAGAAGAAAACAAAAGUAAAUAGACAAAACUGAAGCGAAAUACAACAACCACAAAAAAAUUAAAAAAUCCAACCCAUAGGAAAUGAAUCCAACGUGCACGCUUGGGAGCAGCGGAGCCGGUGCGGGCUCACGCCAUCGGAGAGCUGUGCCCAGCGAGGAGUUGGCAAACCAAGCAAAACUUGGUUAAAAAACCCAAGAGGAAUGAUGCUAUUUGAUGAUUUUAGGUAAUCUCAUAUUUAUAUCUCCUUUUUUUUUAAUCUAGCCUCGGAUGAAUUUCCUAGCGUCCUUUCACAAGGAGAGGUUUUUAAUUCCGCUUCAAAUGGCCUAUUUGUUGGAUUUGACUUUAUUUUUUACUCCGAUGACAACGACGAAGCCGAUCUUCAAAAGAGAAGCCAACAUAAAAAACCACCCUAAUCAUGAAUCCAAACCAACCUGAACAGCAAACCAGCUUAAAGGCAAGAGGAGACUCCCUCCAGCUCCACUGCGUGGGCGCUGGUGGGACCGUGUGCUUUACUGUCAGCCAGACACACUGAACACCCAAUUUUUAUUCCAAGGACCUAAAAAUACCAAUUUUGCAGCUCGAGGAGUCCUUUCAUACAGCAAUGGGAGCCCGCGAGCAAGCGGGCUGUCCCAGGACGGCGCGUCUUCGCCGGGCUCCUCGCCUCUGGCGGGAUCAGCUCUGCCGCCACGGAGUAAGCCGGCGUCUCUCCUGGCGCCGGAGACCUCAGGACACGUCCGGGCUGGGGAACGCCACUGCCGGGGGGCUGCACUUGGGCUCGGACUUGGGGCUCCUUUGCCCACAGCCCCAGGGCAAGCGGCAGCGGCGGCAUCUCCACAGGAGCCGACGGGACGCAAACAGAAGAAAAAACAAAAAAAUUACAAAAAACAGGAAAAAAACACAAACCAACCCCAAACUGUGAAUAGCAGGUGUUGCUCUCUGUACAUCACUGUUGCUAAAGUCUGGUGCUUUCCGUCUCUAGGGGACUUUCUCCGUGCAAUCGGCUCUGGGAAGAGCGAAUCCCAAGACUUGGCUGGCCAAAACCCUGCCGGGUCUGCCUUCCCCGCCGGUGCCGGCGAGCUGCGGCCAGUGCCGCCGGGGCUUGGUGCUCUUUCUCUCCCCGGGUGCCAUCCCUCCUUCCUACGGAUCGCCGUUCUUCCCACAAACAAACAAAAAAAAACAAAACCCCAACCCAACCAAUAACCCAGCAACGACGACAACUGCGUGGUGCUUUUUGAACACUCUCAGUUGAGGCUUCCCACCCGGCACUGGAGCUGUGCCGGGACGGACGGAGUGUGGCCGAGCUGCCCCGCCGCUCCCCAGGAGCGCAGCAUGGCCAGAGCCGGGGGCCAGCACCCCCGGGUGGGGUCGUUGCUUUUGCACUUUGAGGUGCCUUUUGGAGAGCCAGCGAGGCAGCGCCGACGCCGUCACCGUGCGGGAUCACCUCGUGUUUACCGUCACCCUCCUUCCCUCGCGCACGGGCACGGAUCAGCAGGAUCUCGGUAAAACAGCCUGAACAUUUACAUGGUCUAAUUUUAAACCUGUAAAUAGGGAAAGAAAUUUUUUUAAAAGCACUUUCACCUAGAUUUAAAAAAAAAUGAAAGCGAAACUUAAAAAGCAAACAACUCCCCUCUUUCCUCUCCUUCCACUCCCCCCAACUUGAAGCAGUAUGUUUUAAACAAGAUUAUCGUGGGAGAACUGUAAAUACUGGCAGAAUAUUUAACAUGCUUUGUCCGUCCUUCAUCAUUAAUUAAUUUUUUUUUUUUUGGUUCGUUUUUUAACCGUAAUCUGUAAAGUCACGUAUAUUUGACAAGGAAACUCAACGAGCUAUUCCCGCUUUUCUUAUAAAUACCCAAUAGCAUAUCAGGAUUGUAAGAGUCGACGGCAAGUCAGAUUUUAGGGAUGCCCGCGGGCGAUGCCGGGGACCCGCCGUGUCGCUGUGGUUCGGAACGCGGAGAGGGGACCCGGCCGAUCCGGGGCCGAAUUCGGGUGCCGGCCUCGUUGGCGUCGCCCAGGGCCUCUGGCUGGCGUGACGGGGGUGCCUUGGAGCUCUGCCUGGCGGGGCGAGCGUCGGGAGGAGAAGGAGCAUUUGGAGAAGCCGCUGGUCCGUGUAACCUGUCUAAGUCCUGCUUCCUCAGAGGUUUUUCGGUGCAGGGAGGGGUCAGUCUGGCGCGGCGUUGGCUCCGGCGGGUUCAGCCCGGGAGAGCGGGGAGCUGCCGGCGCCGCGGGUCGGGGAGCGAGAACUGCUGCAGUCUCACUUUUUUACACUACAUAAAUGUCUAACCUACCUCAACUCUCAGUCAUUACGAAUUCGCACGCUUCAGACUUCUACACAAACUCGAAAUCUAUGCACAGCUCUUUACCCCUUGCUGCUGAGAGGCUGUUUCCAAGCAAAAUCUUUUCCCUUUACCCGUCCUGGUGGCCGCGCUCAUCCCGCCCGUGCUGAAGCCACGGGAGUCACGGAGCUCAGGGGGAGGGAUGUUUUUAGUGAGUGGGAUGUGGGGACCUGAUUUUGCAGCAGGUCGUGGCCACAAUGGUGCUAGAACAACACCCGCGGUAGAAACCCCAGGGAGGGCUCGGCACGGGGAGCCCGGCUGGCUCCUUCGUCCUGCUUUGGUUUUUCUGGCCGCGAUGCUUCGCCUCGGGCAGGAAACGGGGGAUGCAGUUUGGGUCCCCCCCCAUCUCGAUGCUCUUGGGAUGAGGCACGGGAAGGAGAAGGAAACCAGAAUCCCUGAGGUGCCUCAAUUGCUGAUUUUUCCUUUUAAUACUGGAAUACGCUUUGUUGGCUCUAUAAGGCAUAUUUUUAUUAAAUGAAAUCUUGUAAUACAAACGGUGCUAUGGUGUUUUAACAAACUGUAUCACGCUUCUGCCUGAUUCCAUCUCGCUGAGGUGCUACUAAUGUAUAUAUCAAAUUAAGGAACUAAGAUUUAAAAAAAAAAAAAAAAAAAAAAUUAAGCAAUGUCGUUGAGAAGGAAGUUUACCUUUCCGGAGCGACAGCUCGAGGCGUGCCGGGAGCCGGUUGAGUUUAUGCAAACUGAGAGAGGUGCCGCGUCCGAGGUGUGCUGCCAGCCAGAGUCGUGGUGGAGCCGUUCCCUGCGGGUGUGGUCCUGGCGUGAGGUGCUCAGAGGUGAUGGCCGGGCGCAGGGCUCGGCCAGGUGUGUGGUCACGGUGCUGGGCUGCAGUGCUCGGCCACGGUGCUUGGCCAGGUAUGUGGUCUUGGUGCUCGGCCACAGUGUUUGGUCAGGUGUGUGGUCACGGUGCUUGGCCACGGCGCUUGGACAGGGUGCUCGACCAGGUGUAUGGUCAUGGUGCUUGGCCAGGGUGCUCAGACAUGGCGUGUGGACAUAAGUGCUCGGACAUGGUGCUCGGCCACAUGUGGUGGAUGUGGUGCUUGGAUGUGGUGCUUGGACACGGUGCUCAGCCACACGUCAUGGACACAGUGCUCAGCCACACGUCAUGGACGUGGUGCUCGGACACGGUGCUCAGCCACACGUCAUGGACGUGGUGCUCGGACACAGUGCUCAGCCACACGUCAUGGACGCGGUGCUCAGGCUCGGUGCUCAGCCGCAGGUCACGGACGUAGCGCUUGGACGCGGUGCUCAGGCUCGGUGCUCAGCCACACGUCAUGGACACGGUGCUCAGCCACACGUCAUGGACGCAGUGCUCAGGCUCGGUGCUCAGCCGCAGGUCACGGACGUAGCGCUUGGACGUGGUGCUCAGGAACGGUGCUCGGCCACGCCUCGCGGGUGUGGUGCCCAGACAUGGUGCUCAGGCACGGCGCUCGACCACACGUGGUGGACGCAGUGCUCGGACGUGGCGCUCGGCCGUGGUUCUCGGCCGUGGUUCUCAGUGUGGUGCUUGGAUACGAUGCUCGGCAGCGUGCUCGGACAUGGUGCGUGGACAUGGUGCUCAGUCCCAGUGCUUGGCCACAAGUGAUGGACUUGGUGCUCAGACGUGGUGCUCGGACAUGGUGCUCGGACAUGGGUGCUCGGAUGUGGUGCUCGACCACGGUGCUUGGACGUGGUGCUUGGACACAUCACGGACACGGUGCUCGGACUCAGCGCUUGGACAUGGUGCGUGGACGUGGUGCUGUGCUUGGUGCUUGGACUUGGUGCAUGGACAUGAUGCUCGGGCACGGUGCUCUGCUGUGGUGCUCGGACGUGGUGUGUGGACAUGGUGCUUGACCACAGUGCUCAGACUGGUGCGUGGACACAGUGCAUGGACGUGGUGCUCGGGCAUGGUGCUCAGCCGUGCACUGUGGACGUGGUGCUCAGCUGUGGUGCGUGAACAUGACGUGUGGACAGUGCUUGGCCAGGGCGUGUGGACAGUGCUUGACCAUAGUGCUCGGACGUGGUGCUUGGGCACGGUGCUCAGCCAUGCCACCGUGGACAAGGUGCUCAGACAUGAUGUGUGGACACGGUGCUCAGCCAUGCCACCACGGACAAGGUGCUCAGACAUGGUGCUCGGACAUGGUGAGUGGACAUGGUGCAUGGACAUGAUGUGUGGACACGGUGCUCAGCCAUGCCACCGCAGACAAGGUGCUCGGACACGGUGGUCAGACAUGAUGUAUGGACACGGUGCUCGGCCAGGGUGUGUGGACAUGGUGCUCGGACAUGGUGCUCAGACACGGUGAGUGGACGUGGUGCUUGGACAUGGUGCUCUGACAUGACAAGUGGACGUGGUGCUUGGACAUGAUGCUCAGCCAUGCACUGUGGACGUGGUGCUCAGACAUGGUGGGUGGACAUAGUGCUCAGAUGUGGCACAUGAACAUGGAUGCUCUGCCGUGGUGCUUCAACAUGGUCCAUGGCCGUGGUGCUCGGCCACAAUGUGAUUGACCACAUGUUUUGGACAUGGUGCUUGACCGCAGUGCUCAGUGGUGGUGCUCAGGCACGGUGCGUGGACACAGCACUGGGCCACGUGCCCUGGGCACGGUGCUCGGCCACGCUGUUUGGCCACAGUGUGUGGACGUGGUGCUGAGCCGGGGUGUGUGGACACAGUGCUUGGCCGUGGGCCGUGGACAUGGCUUCUGGACACGGUGGUUGGGCACAGAGCAUGGACACGGUGGUUUGGGCAUGGAGUAUGGACAUGGUGGUUGCUCAUGAAGCAUGGACAUGGUGGUUGCUCAUGAAGCAUGGACUCAGUGGCUGGACAUGGAGCAUGGACACGGUGGUUGCUCAUGAAGCAUGAACUCUGUGGCUGGACAUGGAGCAUGGACACAGUGGCUGGACAUGGGGCAUGGACACGGUGGUUGGGCGCAGAGCAUGGACACGGUGGUUGCCCACCCUGCACAGGCACGGCGCACAGCUCGGUGCUGCUCGGGCACUGGGCACCCCCAUGGCACCACACAGACCCCAGCACCACCAGGCCGGGCCCAGUCCUGGCACUGUUCCCCUACAGCACCAACCCCACGCUCACAGUGCUCAGCACCAUGCCAGCCCCAUGUCCAUCUCCGUGUCCAGCCCGUGUCCAUCACCACGUCCAUCUCUGCGUCCAGCCCGUGUCCAUCCCGUGUCCAUCUCCGUGUCUGUGUCUAGCCCAUGUCCAUCACCGCAUCCAUCCUGUGUCCAUCCCAUGUCCAUCUCUGUGUCUGUGUCCAUCCCAAGUCCAUCCCGUGUCCAGCCCCGCACUGUCCAGGCUCAGCCCCGCGUUCCCGCAGCUCCUCGCUCUCAUCCCCUCCCCUCCUCGCUCAUCCUGCUUCUGCCCGGCUCUUUCUUUUCUUCUUUUCCUCCCUUUUUUUGUUUUUGGGUUUUUGUUUUUUUUUUUUUCUUUUUUUUGGGGUUUAUUGGUGCUACUUUCCCCCCCCAUGCCCCCACCCAGGCAAAUACCUCAGCCCCCCCCAGCCCCCACGAGCGAGUUCGGGGUGAAGCUUUUCCGAAAUCAGGGAUCCUUUCGCAGCGGUGUUUCCUCCUUCAUUUUUCCCCUCUUAGUUUUCGCCCUCCUCUUCUUCCCUUUCCGCCCGGGUUUUUCCUCAUUUCUCUGCAUCCUUCAGGGAUUUACAAAACCGCCGGAAUUUCAGCCUCAUUUAGAUUCCAGAAGCGAGGAGUUUUUUUAAAUUUUGGGUUUGGUUUCUUUUUUUUUUCUUUUUGCACUGCGGCGCGAAGGAAGAAGAGGUGGGAAUUGCAGAUUUAAAAACCCAGCGCCGUUUCUUCUCGGAUUGGGGAAUUCGGUCGGAGGCGGGGCGGGUGUUUCGGCGUUUUUGUUGGGCCUUUUUUUGUUAGGAUAAUCGAGGUGGGGAGGUGGGAUGGCGGCAGUGGAGGGGGGAGACACCGCAGGGGUGUCCCGGGGGCUCCGAAAAAUUCACACUUGAAGAUUUCUUGGUCGGCUCGGGACUGUGGUUACUUGAAAUGAAGUUUUUUUCCGGGGCGGAUUGAGGACCGGUAGAUUUUUUUCCCAUGUCUCAAGGCAAUAGGAUUAAUGUGUAUUAAACUGUAGAUACUUCUAGGACAGUAAAUUUAUGCUGAUAAUUUUAUUUUGUAUAAUUUUCCCUUUUUCUUUUCCCCCUUCUUUGUGUUGUUUUUCCCUUCUUAUUCUUCUUUUCUUUUCCCCUUGCCCCCAGUGUUUCGGUAAAUUUAUUUUUUAGAAUGCCUAAAAAUUGCAAGUUUGGAUCCUCACCCUCCUCUCUGGUUUUGGUUUUGUUUUUUGUUUUUGGUUUUUUUUGUUCUGUUGUUGUUUUGUUUUUUUUUUUUUAAUUUGUAUUUUAUUCUGAGUUGACGCGGCCACGGGGCCGUGAGCUGUAUUAUUCCUGAUAUCUUUAAAAUAUUGUGGGUGUUUUAAUAAAUUUUAUAUUUAUUUUUUGCACUCA